AUGGCCUCUGGCGACCUAAAAAUGUUAACCUCUGGCUCGCCAUUGGUCAAUGGCGCGAUACUUCUCGUUAUCAUCCUAUUCACUGGCUUUGUACUUACCCGUCCAAAGAAACUGGACUUGCCAAUCGUUGGAUCAUUCCGCGCAGAUCAGAGACAAGCAUUGGUCGAAGGAACACGGAAGUACCCGGACCGCCCGUUCUUAGUCCCUAUCGUACCACCCCUGGUUAUACUCCCUAUUUCAGUGAUCGACGAAGUCCGAAACUUACCAGAGAACAAAACUUCGUUCAUACAGGAUAUUCAGCGGUCUUUCACAGCCAAGCACACAGGCAUAGGAAAAGAGGCAGGACCAGAGCUCAUACAAGCACUCAAGCUAGAUCUCACCAAACACCUUGCCAGCACAAUCGAUGAUAUGCAAGAUGAGAUCGGCUAUGGAUUGGAUAAAGAACUCGGAUCAUGCAAGGACUGGACAUCGAUUCCCAUGUAUCCCAAGGUGACUCGUUUGGUUGGGUUGUUAAGCGGUCGUGUUUUUGUUGGGCUACCUCUGAGUCGGAAUGAGGAAUGGCUGAAGUCUUCGAUUGAGUAUGCAUUGUUGUGCAUGGGAGCCCGAGAUGCUAUUAAUGCAUAUCCAGAAUUCAUUCGAACUAUUGUGGCUCCUUUUCUCAAGGAAGUGCAAAUUCUGAAAUACGUCAGGAACCGGGGAGUGGAACUGGUGAAGCCGCUACUCGCCGCUGGGCAAGAGAAUAUGAUCACAUGGAUUCAAAAUCGCAUUAAAAAGAAAGAUCCUGAAAAGAUUGCAAAUUACCAGAUGAGCCUCUCGUUCGCCGCUGUUCAUACGACAUCCAUGGCAAUUACAGCAGCGAUCUAUGAUCUGUGCGCAUAUCCAGAAUACAUUGAGAUAUUGCGGGAGGAGAUUCAGCAGAUUGAUGGUGUCACGAAAACGAACUUGGCCAAGCUCUGGAAACUCGAUAGCUUCUUGAAAGAGAGUCAGAGAUUGACUCCCUCAUCGCUAGUAACCAAUGUCCGACUCGUAACCUCUCCUCUCAAUCUUUCCACGGGAACCCUACCGGCUGGAAGCCGAUUCGGAUUCGCCGCCUGGGCAAUUCACACACCGCACUUACCAUUCGAUGGUCUUCGAUACUACAAGCUUCGUCAGAUUCCUGGGAAUGAGGACAGGCACCAAUUUGUCACCACUUCGCCGGAGUCUAUGAACUUUGGGCAUGGAAAUCACGCUUGUCCAGGACGUUUUUUAGCCGCAAAUGAGAUUAAGAUCGUGUUGAUCGAGUUGUUGACGAAGUGGGAGUUUCGAUUGAAGGGGGGGGAACGGCCCGAGAAUAUCAUGAAUGCAAUGGUCUGUAUGCCGAAUCCGAGAGCGGAAGUGGAAUUCAGAAGGAGGUAG